CGCACCGUUACCCCAUCCUCGCCCCACAUUUGAAGGGAAUGAGCUGGGGAUAUCGUCUCCUGCCGCGAUAAAGCAAUUGAAAAUCUCACCUCCUGACGUUUUAACCCGCUGUCAUUAGCUUCAGCUUAUCCCAGACAUGCCUCCGCAAAUUUGUACAAAAGGGCCAAGUGCCUCCCAUCUCCUCGACAUUAAGAUAGCAACAUCUGCCAUCAUCAAACAGCUGCUAAUAUCUAUCUCUUGAACAUGAGUACAAUAAAUACCACUAAGGGUGAAAAACAUGAAGCCGACGCGCCUCUUCAAAUCGAGGACACUUCCCUAAGUGGGACGGAAGAAGAAGGCUACGGGCUCUCAGGCUUUCGAGGAAUUUUUGCAUCCCGUUAUGUCGCCCUCUGUGCUGCCUUCGCCGCGAUAGGAGGCAUGCUCUUUGGAUACGACCAGGGCGUCGUCUCGAUCAUUCUAGUAAUGCCCCAGUUUCUAGAGCGGUUCCCAGAAGUGUCAGAGGCUGCAGCCGGCGCAGGGUUUUACAAAGGCCUCAUGACAGGCAUGAUCGAGCUCGGAGCACUGAUUGGUGCCUUAAAUCAAGGUUGGAUUGCUGAUAAGAUUUCUCGCAAAUAUUCAAUCGCUGUGGCGAGCGUUAUAUUCAUUAUUGGAUCUGUAAUCCAAACUGCGUCUAUGAAUUACGAAAUGCUGGUCGUUGCACGGUUUAUUGGCGGAGUUGGUAUUGGAAUGAUGAGUAUGGUUGUUCCGCUCUACAUUUCAGAAAUAUCACCUCCUGAAAUCCGUGGAACCCUCCUCGUUUUCGAAGAACUCAGCAUCGUUGCUGGCAUCGUAAUUUCGUUCUGGAUCACAUAUGGGACAAGAGAGAUUCUAUCGGAAUGGUCGUGGAGAUUGCCUUUUCUCAUUCAAAUUAUUCCUAGCAUUAUUCUUGGGGCUGGAAUAUUCCUACUUCCAUUCUCUCCUCGAUGGCUUGCAUCCAAAGGGCGAGAUGACGAGGCUCUGGUCAGCCUCGCAAAGUUACGACAACUGCCCAUAUCUGAUAACAGAGUUCGGCGGGAGUGGAUGGACAUAAUUGCCGAGUCAAGAUUCCACAAGGAGGUUAUGGCAGAGCGCCACCCAAAUCUUAUGGAGAAUACCAAGAUGAACAAGCUGAAGCUGGAGAUCGUCUCUUGGACGGAUUGCUUGAAACCAGGAUGUUGGAGAAGGACCCACGUCGGUGCUGGUCUUAUGUUUUUCCAACAGUUCGUUGGAAUUAACGCUUUAAUUUAUUAUUCGCCAACGCUAUUUGGUACAAUGGGUCUCGAUUAUGAAAUGCAGCUGAUCAUGUCGGGAGUACUGAACAUUACACAGCUUUUUGGUGUUGUAUCCAGUCUCUGGACUAUGGACCGAUUUGGCCGCCGUACUCUUUUGCUUUAUGGAAGCAUGUGCAUGUUCGUCUCUCAUCUGAUCAUAGCAAUUCUUGUUGGCAAAUUUUCAGAUGACUGGCCCUCCCAUAAGCCUGAAGGUUGGACUAGCGUUGCUUUUUUGCUCUUCUAUAUGAUAUCAUUUGGAGCCAGUUGGGGGCCGGUCCCUUGGGCUAUGCCAGCUGAAAUUUUCCCGUCGUCCCUUCGAGCAAAGGGUGUUGCAAUCUCAACCUGCUCAAAUUGGUUGAACAACUUCAUCAUUGGACUAGUUACUCCUCCGUUAGUUCAGAACACUGGCUAUGGAGCCUACGUCUUCUUCGCUGUUUUCUGUCUGUUGUCAUUUUUCUGGACGUUUUUCUUCGUCCCAGAGACUAGCAGAAAGACUCUUGAGCAGAUGGACGAGGUUUUUCACGACAGAGUUAACGCUGACGAUGUGGCAAGGAAAAACAGAGUCUAUGCUGAGGUUGUGGAUAACAAAUGCGAGGCUGAGACCUAG